AUGUUAAUUAUGGUUGAUUACUACGAACUUUACACGCUAACGGUUAUAAUCCUUUUCUUUUUAAUUUUUAAUAACUCCUCAAAAAUUUUAUUUAUUACAAUUAUAAUUAUUGGAACAUUAAUCACAGUUACAUCUAAUUCUUGGUUAGGAGCUUGAAUAGGUUUAGAAAUUAAUUUGUUAUCUUUUAUCCCCCUAUUAAGAGAUAAUAAUAAUGUAAUAUCAACUGAAGCCUCUUUAAAAUAUUUUUUAACUCAAGCUUUAGCAUCAACUGUACUGUUAUUUUCUUCAAUUUUAUUAAUAUUGAAAAAUAAUAUAAAUAACGAAAUUAAUGAAUCUUUUACAUCAAUAAUUAUUAUAUCAGCUUUACUAUUAAAAAGUGGAGCCGCUCCUUUUCAUUUUUGAUUCCCUAAUAUAAUAGAGGGAUUAACAUGAAUAAAUGCUUUGAUAUUAAUAACUUGACAAAAAAUUGCCCCAUUAAUACUAAUUUCUUAUUUAAAUAUUAAAAAUUUAUUAUUAAUUAGAGUAAUUUUAUCAGUAAUUAUCGGAGCUCUUGGAGGAUUAAAUCAAACUUCUUUACGAAAAUUAAUAGCUUUUUCUUCUAUUAAUCAUUUAGGAUGAAUAUUAAGAUCAUUAAUAAUUAGUGAAUCUAUUUGAUUUAUUUAUUUUUUAUUUUAUUCAUUUUUAUCUUUUAUUUUAACAUUUAUGUUUAAUAUUUUUAAAUUAUUUCAUUUAAAUCAAUUAUUUUCUUGAUUUGUUAAUAGAAAAAUUUUAAAAUUUUCAUUAUUUAUAAAUUUUUUAUCAUUAGGAGGAUUGCCCCCAUUUUUAGGAUUUUUACCUAAAUGACUUGUAAUUCAACAAUUAACAUUAUGUAAUCAAUAUUUUUUAUUAACAUUAAUAAUAAUAUCGACUUUAAUUACAUUAUUUUUUUAUCUCCGAAUUUGUUACUCAGCUUUUAUAUUAAAUUAUUUUGAAAAUAAUUGAGUCAUAGAAAUAAAUAUAAAUAGUAGUAAUACAAAUUUAUAUUUAAUUAUAACUUUUUUUUCAAUUUUUGGGUUAUUCUUAAUUUCUUUAUUUUUUUUUAUAUUUUAAGGCUUUAAGUUAAUAAAACUAAUAGCCUUCAAAGCUGUAAAUAAAGGGAAUCCCUUUAAGCCUUAGUAAAAUUUUACUCCUUCAAAAUUGCAGUUUGAUGUCAUUAUUGACUAUAAGACCAAUUUUUAUGAUUAAGAAGAAUAACUCUUAUAAAUAGAUUUACAAUCUACCGCCUAAACUUCAGCCACUUAAUCCAA